AUGCCGUGUGGUUAUGGCAAGUGUGGUGGAGGAGCUAAGAUAGGCCAGAUCUGGGAAGGGAAAGGGGAAGAAGAGAAAGAAAGUGAAAGGAAGAUGAAGACAAAGGUAAAAAAUGUUGAUUGGAUCAGCAACCUCCCAGACGUUGUAUUGCCCACAAUAUUAUCUAGGCAGCAACUUUCCACAGAAUAAGCCAUAAGGACGAGUGUUGUCUCUAAACGAUGGGAACAUGUGUGGAAGCAAAUGUCUCAUCUCGUCCUCGACAUGCGGAAGAAGAUUAUCAAUUCCAACAAUACGCUCGAUUGUUCGAAUCGAGUUGCUACAUUGAUGACUAAGGUUAUAAACAAUUAUCGUGGAUAUCUAGAGAGCUGCAUAAUCAUCUAUGUCUCAUCCCAAGGUGGAAAUGGAAUGCUCAAUACUUGGAUUCGAUCACUGACUUGCGUGAAACGCAUUAAAGUUCUCACACUUAGAUACCAUUCUGGUUCUGGUACUUAUGAUCGAAAGUUCGAAACUUAUAACUUUCCCCCGAACUCCUUCUCCCAUCCGAGCCUUAUGUCACUCUCGCUACAUUCAUACAGUCUCAAAAGCUCACAUCUGUUGAGAAACUGCUCAAAUCUCAGGGCCCUCAAACUUUUAUCAAUCAUCGGUCCCGAGAUUGGAGUCUUUAACAGGGUACUCGCAUCUUUCCCUUGUCUUGAGGUGCGUGUACUACACAUCACUUGCGUCAGCGAAAGUAGGGUUCCUUUGAAGAUUGAGAACAACAAAUUAAAGCUCUUGCAAGUGUCUUCUAUGGAACUCAUUGAUGGCAUUAAUGUGUCAACAACUAGUCUAGAUAUUCUCACCAUCAUAGAUAUCUGCUGUGGGAGAGAUGGCCUUUCCCUCCAGUCCCCCCAACUCCAGUUUAAUAGAAACUUUUGGGUUGCAGGGGCUUACGUGCCUCACAUCAGCUACAACAUAUCAGAGGCAAAGAGCAUUGGGAAUGAAGAAUUUGUGAACAACAUAUACAUAUAUGAUUUAAUGAAUCCGACCGAAGUUGAGAGGUUGCGACAAGUCUUAGGUUUAUGGACUCAUAAAAUGCUGGAGCUUGAGAUCAUAUUUAAGGAUAACAAUGGUCCUAGGGAAGAAAAUGAGUCUUGGCAGAAAAAGUUGUGGGAGGAGAAUAAUAAAAAAGAUCUGUUCCCCAAUGCUAAUUUCCACGUAGAUACUAUGUGGAUGUAUAACUUCAGCGGGUCAGAGGAAGAGUUUGCCUUGGUGUCGUGUUUCAUAAGGCAAGGGACUGUGGUAAAAAAGAUGAUGAUCAAGACGUCAUCCUUUCCUGCAAGGAAGAAGUUAAAGAUAAAAGCGGUAGUGGCCAAGCUACAGGCACUGCAAACGAAGCUUACCAUCGAAUGUUUCUAA